CAUACAAGAAGCGGCAUAACUGUACAACCGUGUGAAGACUCCCGGAGACGUGGCAACCGCGCCCUGAUGUAAACAUAGUGGCCAUGUCCUCGGCGGCGGCAGACGACGCGGGUGACGGGGACGCCCUCAGCCACGCCCACCCCGAGCCCGCCCGCGCCGCCAAGGUCCUCAUCGUGGGGGCGGGCAUGGCGGGGCUGUCGGCCGCCAACCACCUCCUCAAGAACAACAUCAGGGACUUCAUCGUCUUGGAGGGCCGGAACAGAGUCGGCGGCAGGAUCAUCGCCAUCAACGUCGGUGGACGAAGGAUGGAACUUGGUGCCAACUGGAUACACGGGAUCCUUGGUAACCCCAUCUAUGAGCUGGCGUCUGCCAAUGGCCUGGUGGACAUCAUACAGGAGAACAAACCUCACAGUGUGGUGGCCACCCUCCCUGAUGGCCGGCGGGUGCCCUUCCACAUCCUACAGGAGAUCUACGACGCCUACUUUUGGUUCUUUCGGCGGUGUGAGGAAUAUUUCUUGUGCAAGUACCUGCCUCCAGAUGGGGUGGAGAGCGUUGGGGCUCACUUGAGACUGGAGAUCUCCAUCUACCUGGAGCAGUUUCCUGAGCCUGAGCGACACAUCAGGAACCUUAUCUUCAACUACCUCCUCAACCGCGAGACUUGCAUCAGCGGCUGCAACACUAUGGACGACAUCGACCUGAUGGAGAUCGGCAGCUACACAGAGUUGCCAGGCGGCAAUGUGGUGCUGCCGGGAGGCUACAGCAGCAUCCUCGGGCCCCUCACCAAGAACAUCCCUGAGACACAGCUGCUCAAGGGUCAUGCUGUCUCCUGCAUCAGGUGGAGGGCCGGCCUGGAGAGCUGCAGCACCACAGACUCAGGGCUUGGUGAGGACCUGGCUGCUCGACUCCCUGGAGGCAAUGACAAUCACCUGCCUGACUGUCGCAGUGGCAACGCCUCGCUCUCCACCUCCCCCUCCAGGAAGCAGCGGGCCAAGGUGGAGGUGGUGUGCCAGGAUGGCAAGAAGUUCUUGGCCGACCACGUCAUCUGCACAGUGCCGCUCGGCGUGCUCAAGGAGAGUGGCCGCACCAUGUUUGACCCACCACUGCCAGACUACAAGAUGGACUCCAUCGACCGUCUCUGCUUUGGCACGGUCAACAAGAUCUACCUGGAGUACGAGCGGCCAUUCCUCAACCCCGGGCUGUCCGAGGUGCUGUGCCUGUGGGACCCCAUAGACCCCAAGGAGCCGGUGAGCGAGCGGUGGUUCAAGAAGAUCUACUCCUUUACCAAGGUGUCGGAGACGCUGCUGCUGGCCUGGCUCUCCGGGGACGAGGCCAAGUACAUGGAGACACUGCCCUUUGACGUGGUGUCUGAGAAGUGCACCGAGAUCCUGCGCAUGUUCCUCAACGACCCCUUCAUCCCCAAGCCCAAGCGCUGCAUCAACACAACCUGGUGGUCUCAGCCGUUCACUCGUGGCUCCUACACGGCCGUUGGGAUCGGGGCGUCACAAGUGGACAUCACCAACAUUUCGCACCCUCUCUACAUGCAGCCCACCUGUAGCAAGCCGGCUGUCUUGUUUGCCGGCGAGCACUGCCACCCCAGCUUCUACUCCACCGUGCACGGGGCCUACCUGUCAGGGCGGGAGGCUGCCCAGGUGCUGUGUGUGCCAGACACCCCGCCUGAGGUGGUGCUGGAUGUGGAGGGUACCGCUGACCUCUCAUCCUGGCUGGAGGGCAUCAAGCUGAACUGAGGGGCUGGCUGAGGCUUGAGUCUGUACAGCGCGGUGAGGCUCGGGAGGAAGGCCGUGAACGAAAGGUUGGUGACGAGCCUUCUUUGUACAUAGGAGCUUAAUAUAAAGAAGUAGUGUGGUGUAGGAAAAAAAGGAACGUUGAACAAAGAAGAAGAAAGAUAGUGUGGCUCCAUUUCCAUUAUGAGGCUACAGACAGUGAUACAAGGCUAUAGAGAUGGAGAAAGAAGCUAGUCAGCAAAUACUUGUCCAAUAAAAGGUUGAUCAUGGGGCUUCUUUGUACAUAGGAGCUUAAUAUAAAGGAUCAUAGUGUGGCUUCAUUUCUACUGAGAGGCUACAUGCAGGGAUACAAAACUAUGAAGAUGCUGAAAGAAGCUAGUCAUCAGAAACAUUACAAGGUUGGUCAUGAGGCUUCUUUCCACAGAGGAUCAUAACAGAGGUUUAUAUAGAUAACUUACAUCCAGUACAAGAUUACACAAAGUUAUAAGGAAACUACAACAAGCCAGGCAGUCUUCACAAGAGAAGUUGGUACAUGUCCAGUGCAAGGUUGUCAAUGAGGAACUUAAGGGUUGGAAAAAAGGUUUCGUAUCCAUUAACAGGUUGGUAGUGUGGCGUCUCUGUACAGAGAAUCAUAAUGUAAGACUUGGCAACCACUUGUCAUAUCCACACAAGGUUAAUCGUGCCAGCUGUUAGUGGGUGGGCAGUGGUUGUAUUCUGUAAUAAGCAAACUAAUGACAAUUCUUUCCUACACUGAGGUUGGUAAUGCUCUCUUUAUUUACAUGUUAAAGUCCUUUGGUUUGACAUUUUCUACUUCACUGUGUAAUAUAUUUUUGGCAUUUUGAUGUUUGUUAGGCAUGUAACCAAAGUGAAAUCAUGACGUUUCUUUAUGGAAUUUACUCAUCGCCUUUUGUAUUAUGUAUCAUUGUGAUAAUUGUAAAAGGAAUUACCACAAGAGGCCUAAUUUUAACUCAUUAGGCAACUUAUUAUUAACUGUAACUACUAUACAUAUAAACUUUUAUAGUGAUUUUACCAUGAAUGUUAUUUAUUUUUUUAUAUUGGCAAGAAGAAAAAAAAUAGGCCAAAAGUUCUUCUGUUGGCCACAAAAAGAAAAGGUUUGCUGUGAUGGCAGGGAUGGAGCCGUGGAGCAGGCCUCAUCGGUAUUACUCAAUGCUCAACGAAUUUAUGGAAGUAACUCAGUGACCAUUUUAGUUCAUCAGUGUUAAACUCGCAGUGUUUAUUUCACAGGACAAGGUAGAUACGGUGGUGUAAUCAUCAGGAAGAUACAUAUUAUAUUCUUUUUAAGGAUUAUCAUUUUCUUUUCACUAAAAUCAAGAAUACUUUUUUUAUGCGGCUAGUCUUGGAUUUCAGUUUUAUUUGCAUGGUUGACUUAACUGGAUCAAGGAUGAUUUGGAGAAAUUUUUACCAUUAGUCUUAAGUAUGGAGCUAAGUCCAGUGUGAGGAGUAUGAGGGUGUUGAAUGCUUUUUUUAUUUCCUUAUGAGUCACAGACAAUUCACAUGAGUCAAGGGGGUCGGGUGUCAUUCUAUCUGAUCCCAAGUCUAAUGUUGGGAGUGUCAGUGAGUGCAAUAUUUGAAUGGACUUCCUUCUGUCAUGACUUUCUCAGCAUGUUGAAGGUGAGACAUCGAUUAGUCAUGUGGACACUUCCCCCAUAUUGUCAUGAAGUCUUUCCUAAAUAGCGACAUGAGAACAACUGAGGGCUUGGCAGGUCCAGGUGUGAGCAGCUUGUGAGAUUACCUCUGGGAAAUGAAAAUACCUUCCAUGUGAUCAUUGAUAUAUCCCCAAGCUGUGUGAUGGUUCCUCUGUGAUGCACUACUUAUCAGAAAACCUGUAUCAUCAGAGGAACUACUCUAAGAACUGAGGAUACAACCUUAUUUGUUAAUUACUGGUUUGUUAUGAUUUAAUUAAAUGCUGUGAUGAGGGUAUGUUGAGAACUACAAACCCAUGUGAUGGCAGUGUACUUGUUGGCACUCCUCAAAGGAGAUUCAAGUCAUUUUGCAGCAUUAGUUGGUUGUCACUGAGUUGCUUACAGUUAAUGGCAGGUAGACAGAACUUCAGGUGUUGGCUCAGGGCUUCAGUGCUGAAUAAGAAAAUUCAUUCAUAUGGCACAAUAUGCUGAGAACUUAUAGGAUGGUCGAUACAGUGGUGUAGCCAAGUCGGGGAUGGUGGGCAUUUGAACAUUCCCAGGGCCCCAUAUGGCUAUUUGGGUUUGGAGUUUUUUUAUUGAGUAGGAAAUAAAAGAGUGCUGGGAGUCCCCUCAAAAUAUCCUGGUGGGUGAGGGGAUCCUUGAGGCCCCUGAGCUGAUGGCUGGAGUUCUGGUGUACUACAUUGCUGCAUUAUGGUUGGUUGGGAGUCCUUCGGAUUUAUAAGAUGUAUUACUAGAAGACCCAGACUUUUCCUCUAGUCUCAAAUACUGGUAUCAGUGAGUGAGUCCUAGGUUGUCAGGUGUAUCUGUGAGGCUACUGUUAUGCUGCCUGUCCCGCCCCACACUGCAGGCCUCACUCCCUGCAGCAGCUAUAUAGUGUGGUUUGAUGUGCUUGAUUUCUAUUUGAAUACAAUCACCAUGAAGUGCUAUAGUACACAUAAAUUAUCCUUUUGCUUCAUCAUUCAGUAUCUCUUGUGUAUUUAGUGCCAGCACACAAAAUAUCAAGCUUUCCCCCGGCGAGGGACUGGCGCCAGGAGUAAAGGGGUGGGAGGGCCUGCACUGGUGUCUUAGCUGGUCUCUGUUUCCCUGACCUCCUCAGUGAACCCUUCAGCUAUGUGAUCGUCCUCUAGUCGGAGUCAUCAAAUUUUACAAUACUUAAAAUGUACUACUGAGGCUUUCUGACAAUGUUAUAAGGAAACCUGUCUGUAAAUAUGCUUCCAGUUGUUUUAUUUACAUUACUGGGGUGCCUGCCAGCUCUCUUGCCAUAUAGUAUAUCCCGAGAGGUAUCCAAGAGUAAUAAUCUCCCCAGGACCUAGAGAUAAGGUACAAUACCCCAGACUACUUUUGUUUGAGUAUAAGCACUGCAUUCCUGUAUAUCUAUAAGUCUCAAAGAGUCAGUGUCGUGCACAGGCUGUGGGAUUCUUGACACACUCCUCACUGAAUGAGUUAGUUACUGUUGUGCUUUUCAGCAAGUUCCAGCAAAGAAGAUCAGCAGAAACACAUAAAGAACUGGAAUGUUUCUGAUAUACAAAACUGUUAGUCCAGUUUCCAGUCUGUAUCAUAAAAGCACAGUGAGCAAUACCUUAGCUUGAGGGUGUUGUGUUCAGGUACGAGUGUCCUUGCUUGAAAUCACUACAGAUAAAGCAUUAUUGAUUGAGUCAUUACCUCGUAUUAUGGAGUAAAGAAAAAGGGAUUAAAGAACCCAAAAACUAGGCAGUUAGGGCCAUGUACCUCUGCCAGGAUUAAUUAGAGCUGCUGUGAGCUGGUAAUCAUAUUUGCAACCUUUCCGUCACAAGCUGAUCGCUGUACCCACAGCCACCCAACCUCUUUCAUAUAUUGUAGAAAUUGGGAUACUGAGGAUUUCAUCAAUAAACAAAACGAUAAAGGUGAUCUUAAGCAAGGACUCAGUCUGUGCAUAAGCAGUGAUUGGGUGCGUUUGUGCAUGUGUGUGUGUAUGUGUGUGCAUGAGUGGGGUGAUGUCCUGCUGAACACUCCACUGAGAGGCGGUUCAGUCGUGGGCGCGGUGCCACCCCGGAAUACUCUGGAGUGUGUCGUAGCUUUAAUUGCAUCAUCUGUCCUUUUCCUGGUUUGCAGAGCGAGUG